AGUGCGAUUGGAACAAAGUUUCAAGUCACAAAGUUCAAGGCAGAACCGAUAUGGUCCUUCAUGCUUUAGCCCUCCCAUUUACCACUGCCGCGAGAAUCGUUCUGUCACAACACGCGAACUCUCGAGCACAAUCUGUCAGGGCAGUAACGAAUCAAGUAACUAACAAGUUGUCGAGAACUGUUCUACUAUUAGUGGUGAAAUUGUAGAAGUACUCCUGCUAAACCGAUCUCGAAAGAUGGGCCGAAGAGGCAGUAAGCAAACGAAAGCCCAACCAGAUCCAGAUCCGGAAGUGCGAUCAUCUCACCCGAUUCGCGCCAGAACGCUUGUCCGCAGCAACUUGGAGAAGGCAUCCGUUAUCAGCAACAGCAUCGGCAGCAGCCAGGUCUGCGGCAACAAUCUCGUGCAUAGUUUGUCAUCGGCAGCAGACAGCACCAGAAGCAGCAGCAGCAGCAGCAGCAACACCAACGACAGCGGCAGUGAUAGCAAGCAGCCUACCGAUAGCAUCGUCGUUCCUAGUGUCGAUCCUCACCAAAUCCUACAGUCGAGAAUGCCAAACAUUAAGGUGUUUUCCGGUUCAUCCCAUCCGGAUCUUGCUUCCCGCAUCGUCGACCGGCUCGGUAUCGAUCUUGGGAAGGUAGUGACGAAAAAGUUUAGCAACUUGGAGACCUGUGUCGAAAUCGGAGAAUCCGUUCGUGGCGAAGAUGUGUACAUCGUCCAAUCGGGUUCGGGAGAAAUCAACGAUAACCUGAUGGAGCUGCUGAUUAUGAUCAAUGCAUGCAAGAUAGCAUCGGCCUCCCGUGUGACUGCGGUCAUACCAUGCUUUCCGUAUGCACGACAGGAUAAGAAAGAUAAGACAGGCGACGAUAAGCUGGCAGAGCUCAUGAAAACCAAUGAGUGGAAGUUCCGGAGCCGUGCACCGAUUUCGGCCAAACUGGUAGCAAACAUGCUUUCAGUCGCUGGAGCAGAUCAUAUCAUCACAAUGGAUUUGCACGCUUCACAAAUUCAGGGUUUCUUCGAUAUACCGGUGGAUAAUUUGUACGCCGAGCCGGCAGUACUGAAGUGGAUCCGGGAGAAUAUUGCCGAGUGGCGGAACUCGAUCAUCGUGUCGCCGGACGCCGGCGGUGCCAAGCGCGUUACCUCGAUCGCCGAUCGGUUAAAUGUGGAGUUUGCCCUGAUCCACAAGGAGCGCAAGAAGGCGAACGAGGUUGCCUCGAUGGUGCUGGUCGGUGAUGUGAAGGACCGGGUGGCAAUCCUGGUGGACGAUAUGGCGGACACGUGCGGCACCAUUUGCCACGCGGCCGACAAGCUGGUAGAGGCUGGUGCAACGAAAGUUUACGCCAUACUAACGCACGGCAUCUUCAGUGGGCCGGCCAUUUCAAGGAUAAACAAUGCCUGUUUCGAGGCAGUCGUCGUGACAAACACUAUUCCGCAGGACGGUCACAUGAAGGAUUGUCCCAAAAUUCAGUGUAUCGACGUUUCGAUGAUGUUUGCCGAGGCUGUCCGCCGGACGCAUAACGGUGAAAGUGUGUCAUAUCUGUUUUCCAAUGUUCCUUACUAAGCCGCCGCUCUUACGCCAGCAUGACGGGGGGGCUCCAUGUGCGGCUCCGUUCUGCUAAAGCUAUGACAAACCUAACCUUACGCCCUAAACCUUGUCCUCCAAUAAGAUUGGAGACGCACGGUAGCAUCAAACAUUAGGAGACACGCAACUUCACACGCCAAGAGAUGUACGAGAACGGUGAAGCAGAGACAAAAAAAAAAAUCUUCCCCAUAGCAGAUCAGUGUAAAUGAAAGGAAAGGCCAUAAAGAUAUAUUCUGGAGGUGACCAAGGAGUGUGUUUGUGUGGAGCAAGAACACAUUUACUUGCGUGGCCCGAUAUACAACAAAUUAGAAUGGAGCAUAAGUUUGCAGGAACUAGAGAAAGAGAAAGAGAAGGAGAGAGAGAGGGAGAGAGAGGUUAGCAUCAGCAUCAUGCUUGUGUUACGUUCAAACAGGGAAAACGGGGACGUUUGCCUGUCCUCAUUGUCAUCAUCGUCAUCGGGCAUGAAAUGCUUUUUGUUUUUGAGUCUUAUUGAGAAAACGAGAGGAACAUUUCACACAAAGUUUACUUUUGACACGGUCCAAAAGGUCAAUAAAAAGACAUGGUGCGAUUCGCAUUUUUGUAUUUUGCUAGCAAUAGUACCUGUACCUGUCCAUUGAUUAAUGUCCGCGAAAUGCAAGAUUUCGUGUAUUGGUAUUGUUUUGUACUGCUACCGCUAUAUAUGAUCCUUGUAUGCCCCCCCCCCCCAAUACAUCCAUGCAAAGAAAUAUUUAAUUUUGAGAAAACGGAAAGAAGGACGUAUAGCAAGAAGGAAGUAUUGACUUCAGCUUGAAUUUUUCACAGAUGAUACAAUAAUAAUCGUAUGUAUAAAUGCAGACUAGGGUAACACACACACACUCAUAGUCACCCUAUCGCCCUUUUUGAUUGGCGCUGAUAACGCUCUCACAGAACGCAAUAGCAAAAUGUUCAAACGUUAGAUUUAUUAUCGCUGUGUUAAACAGAAGAAUUGAUCCCUUUGGUACGUCCUAUCAUAUUUCGGUCCCAUUUUGCUGCCGAUGUCUCUUUCUGGAUAUGGAUGUUAACAGCACACGACAUUUUAUUUUAUGGUACAAUUUAUGUUUAGUUUAUUGUAAUUCGAUAUAUAAAAAAGGGAACUAUGUUAGCUAGUGCCGAUAAUAGCUACCAAAUAGUGGCGUGCAGUUAUAAGUGCUUCGGAUCUGUUUGCAAGAAAAAAGCAAGCGGGAAGUAAUUUUAUAAUAAAUAGCACAAUUGAACACAAA